AGGUUUUUUAAAUCAAGCUGACAAUGCCGUUCAGUUGUUUACACUUUAAAUUGCUGGUCAUUGGCCACGGCAUCAUGUGCUUCAGGCUUUCAUUUUCACCUCAGAACAGGAAGCUUGUCAUAAACCACAUCUUUUUCCCCUGAAGGUGUAAAGCAGCGAGUUGAUAGGCUUUUUGCGUUGUUGUCUGUGUAACGUUUUACUUUUACACACUGAGAGGGUUUUCAGGAUCUGAAGCAUGAUAUGGCGAAGAAGCUGGCCUUCCUUCUUAUCUCCUGCCUUCAGACCUUCAGCACAGCAAGUCAGACAAACCAACAAGCAACUUCUCUGAGGUUUGUGGGGAUUGGGGAUUGGGGUGGUUGUCCUUCAUACCCUUUCUACACUCCACAUGAGGCCGACACGGCGACUGAACUGGCCCGGGUUGCUCAGAGCUCCGGUCUGGACUUUGUCCUCAGUCUUGGAGAUAAUUUCUACUAUGAUGGAGUCAAAGACGUAGAUGACACUCGCUUUAAGUUCAGCUAUGAACAAGUGUUCUCUCAUCCUGCACUGAAGACCAUACCGUGGUAUCUGAUAGCAGGAAAUCAUGAUCAUCGUGGAAAUGUGUCUGCACAGAUCGCCUACUCCAGCCGAUCUGAAAGAUGGAUCUACCCAGACCUCUACUAUGAGCUGAACUUCAAGGUUCCUCACAGCAACACGUCCCUCACCAUCCUGAUGACCGACACUGUGGUUGUGUGUGGAAAUACAUACGAAGGCCUAGAUCCUGUAGGGCCUGAGGACUUGGCUGCUGCUAACAAACAAAUGGCAUGGAUUGAGCAGAGACUUCAAAAUACCAAGGCGGAUUUUGUCAUCGUGGUCGGUCACUAUCCCGUCUGGUCCAUCGGUCAUCACGGUCCAACCAAGUGUCUGAUAUCAAAACUCAGGCCCCUCCUGAAGAAGUACAACGUCUCCUUAUAUCUGUCUGGUCAUGAUCACAGUCUGCAGUUCAUCAGAGAGGAUGAUGGGAGUUCGUUUGUCAUCAGUGGAGCUGGUGUUGAGGAGGAUUCUUCCACCGACCACAGGAAGAGCUUCCCCUCGGCUUGGCAAUUGUUCUCCAGCCCCGUCAAUCAGACGUCAGGAUCCUUCGUGUACUUUGAAGUCAAUACAAGUGAGAUGCUGAUCAAUUACAUGCAGCCCGACGGGAAGUGUGUUUACCAGACAUCCGUCCACAAACGCAAAGUCCAACUUUGAAGUUGACCUAGUCUGAGCUUAAUGAACAGAGAAGGCACUUCGGCGCACUUUACUUUUCAUUGGAGUUCUUCGCUGUAUGUUUUCGUUUAGACUAAAUUAUAGCUUUUAAUUCAUCUCUGGUUUGCUCUCUGGACAAUUAAAUCACUUAGAAUUUUUGAUUCAGUGUUAUUAUUAAAACAACUUAAAACAAACGAUUCACUACUGCAAAAAUACAGUGGUCUCAGUUUUAGUGUGGUAGAUUAGUGACUCUUUUUGAGUGAAUCAAAAAUAUGAAGUGCAACCAGAGUAUCUCAUAGAUAUCUAUGAGAGUAUCUAAUUAAUGACUCUUAUGAACUGGAUCUUUUAGUGAAUCAAAACAAUGGCCGCAUAGUUUGAUGAAUGACUCUUAUGAACCGGGGUCCGUUCUUCGUACGUGGAUUACUCAAGUAGCUGGAUUUGGUUGUUGACGAUUUGACACUAUCCAGGAUCGUUUCGUUCUUCAAAACUCAUCCGAGAGUUGUUGUCAUAGCAAGAGUUCUGGUAGCUCACACCUGCUAAGGAGCAGGGUUAUUUCAUGUAAACAGGAUUAGAUCUGGUCUGUUCAAGCAAAGGUAACGCAUAGUAUGUACCAAAUGCUGAUAUUUUCUUACAGUAGUAAUAUAUAGAUUAUAGACACUUUGGAAAAAAGUAAAAAAAAAAAGUUUAUAAAUGAACAUUUAUAAUUUCUAA